UGCACAACAACCGCCCCAAUGGCUCUACCCUCCCUAUUAUAACCUCCCUUCGAUAGAUCUCCUGCGAUAGAUCUCCUCAAAGCCCGAAAUUGCAAGAGUCGCCCCUCCUAACACCAUCAACAUGCCGCCUCCCAUGCCGAACCCGUCGAAGCGCAUGACCGCGAACCCCGCGAAACCAGUGGGUAGAUAUCGUCCCGGCAAAGCCGUAGCAGAGCAGGAAUCCUCAGAUGAAGAGUCGGAAGAGUCUGAACAGGAGCAAGUCAGCCAACCACAAAAGAGACUGGCGCCGCGACAACCUCCAUCUCGACCUACACAAAGCCAGACAAGACAGCCAGUUGAAAGUGACGACGACGACGACGAUGACGACGACGACGAGGAAGGAUUUGUCACAGACCCAGAGGACGAUGUUACACAGCCAGCCGUAGCGACGGGGUCAGAGUCACGCAUGAAACAAUCUUCGCAAUCAACACCAACGCUCCCCAACCAGAAAUCGACCGCAGUGACACAGAGGUCCAAACCACCAGACUUAGAUGCAGAAGAUUUAGACCAAGGCUCCGAGUCUGAAGAAGAGUCCGAGGACGAAAGCGAAGAAUCAUCUGAGGAGUCAUCUAGUUCCGAAGACGAAGCCCCCCAGCGAAAAUUCCAACGCCCGACAUUCAUCAAGAAAUCCGACCGCCUCGCUCCCCCAGCUCACAAGACCGAUCAACCUACAGCCAACGACUCAAACACACCCGCGCCUCCCUCGCAUUCACAUUCACAUUCACACUCCCCAUCCAUAUCCACCGACCCGUCUCAGCAAGACUCCGCUCGCCGCCUCGCCCAAGCGGAACUAUUAAUCAAGGACAAACUCGAACGGGACGCUGCGGCCCGCCUCCUCGGCAAAAAAGCAUGGGACGACGAUGACGAUCUCGACCCCGACUCCUUAGUCGACGACACCGACAACCUCGACCCGGCCGCCGAAUACGCCGCCUGGAAACUACGCGAACUGCAACGUCUCAAACGCGACCGCGAAGCCAUGAUCGCACGAGAAAAAGAAAUCGAAGAAAUCGAACGUCGCCGAAACUUGACCGCUGAGGAACGAGAACGUGAAGACGCCGAGUUCAUCAAUAACCAAAAACAAGAAAAAGAAGCCAACCGCUCGGCGACAGAAGCACAGUAUAUGGCUCGAUAUCACCACAAAGGAGCGUUUUUCCAAGGCGACGAGGCAGCGGAGAUUUUGAAACGGCGUGAUAUCAUGGGAGCGAAAUUCGAAGAUCAGGUUUCGGACAAGUCUCUCCUGCCGGAGUAUAUGCAAUUGAGGGAUAUGACCAAGUUGGGAAAGAAAGGUCGAACGAGGUAUACGGAUCUAAAAGGUCAAGAUACGGGAAGGUUUGGCGAUGAUGUUAAGAAAUGGAGAGGGAGUUCAGAUUAUCGAGGAGGCGGCGUCGGCGGCGGCGGUCGUGGUCAGGGUGAUAUCGACACGAGAGGUUUAGACGAGAGAUUCUUACCUGACCGUGAUCGAGGCGGUCCAAGUGGAGGAAGAUCUAACCCAUCUGGUCCGACUGGUGCGAAUGCAAGUUCGAUUGGUGGGGGUGGUGGGAGGAAGAAUCGGGAUCGAGGUGGAGCACGGUCUCGCUCUCGCGAGCGAUCUCAUUCACCUCGUCGACGUCGACCUUCACGUUCACAAUCGCCAGAGUCGAGGAAACGACGACGACAUGUUGAUGAUGAUUAUCGAGACCGAGAUCAAGAUAGAGACAGAGAUCGGCGACGGCCUGUGUCUCCAUGAAAAUAUAUCUCGGUGUAGAGUUAGU